AUGUCUUCUGUGUGAAGUGGUGAGGCUGUUAGAUUGUUGCAACCCUGCACACAGCUGACUUCUCUCCUGGUUUCCCUGCUCUGUAAAGUUGAAGACUUUGAAGAUGAGGGUGUGGAUCAUCUUCCUUCUGUGCCUGGCUGGCCACGCCAUGGCUGCUCCUACUGAGGAGGAUGUCAUCGUGGAAGAGUCAGUAACUGAGGAGUCAGUGACUGAGGAGCCAGGAACUGAGGAGCCAGUUGUUGAGGAGACCGAGGUGGGAGCCAACCCAGUGCAGAUUGAGAUCGGAGAGUUUGACGAAGCCAUCGAGGUUGUUGAAGAUGUUGCUGCUGAGAAUCCCUGCCUGAGCCACCACUGCAAGAAGGGCAAAGUGUGCGAGGUUGAUGACAGCAACACCCCCAUGUGCGUGUGCCAGGACCCCUCCACCUGCCCCGCUGCUGACGGAGAGUUCGAGCAUGUUUGCGGCACCGACAACAAGACCUACGACACCUCUUGCCACUUCUUCGCCACCAAGUGCACCCUGGAGGGAACCAAGAAGGGCCACAAGCUGCACCUGGACUACAUCGGAUCCUGCAAAUUAAUUGAGCCCUGCAUGGACAGCGAGCUGAGCGAGUUCCCCCUGCGUAUGAGGGACUGGCUGAAGAACGUUCUGGUGACUCUCUACGAGCGCGACGAGAACAACAACCUGCUGAAUGAGAAGCAGAAGCUCAGGGUGAAGAAGAUCUUCGAGAACGAGAAGAGGCUGCAGGCUGGCGAGCACUCUCUGGACCUGCUGGCCCAUGACUUCGAGAAGAACUACAACAUGUACAUCUUCCCCGUCCACUGGCAGUUCGGUCAGCUCGACCAGCACCCCGUUGACGGCUACCUGACCCACACAGAGCUCGCCCCCCUGCGCGCUCCUCUCGUUCCCAUGGAGCACUGCACCACUCGCUUCUUCGAGGAGUGCGAUGCUGACUCCGACAAAUACAUCGCCCUGGAGGAGUGGGCCGCCUGCUUCGGCAUCAAGGAGCAGGACAUCGACAAAGACCUCAUCGUCUAAGCUCCUCUUACCAGCAGCAGUAUGACAACUCCUAGUCGCUACUAACGGGACAAGGUGCUGAUCCCUAAGUUAAAAAAAAAACAAAUCACAGUAACGGUGCUAAUUGCAAAUUAUUUUUUAUUUUGUUUUUUUUAAAUAAUGACCUUUUUUUUCUGCCUAUACCACUAAAAAAAAAAAAGAAGAAGAUUACAAAAGAGCAAUGUGCACAGUGUGUACUAACCAUCACGAUAUGUGUUCAUGCAACUUUUCAAUUCUCUUGUUUGUUGAACAAAACACCCAGUUAAGAAAACUAAAGACCUCUGAUGUAAAUGUAUGUUGUUGACAAUAUUAUAUAUAUGUUGUGAAUUGUUCAGGGCUUUAAUUCGAGAUCAAUUUGAACAUUAUCUUGAGGAGACAAAAACUGUAAAGUCAAAAAUAAAGUUUCUAAAUAAAUGUUCCCUCUGCUUGCUUUCUACAAAAAAACUAUUUAGUUUUUGCACUCUUCUGGUGGUGGAUUGAUUUUGUGUCAUUUUUGUUUAUUUUUUUGAUCUUUUGACUACUGCUAUUGCUACUGCUAUUAGAGUUGUUCAUUUUUAUUUUCCAUACAAGAGUCCACGUCCCAGACGAGGACACAGGUGUACUGAUAUUUGAAACAAUAAAAGAGGAUAUAUUGUUUGGACGUUUAAUGAGGGGAAAAUCUCGCAGGCUGAGAGUUUUUCUCACAAUUAACAUGUUUCUACUGACACUGAGAGCACGACCGAACUCUUUCCAUGAAUAAAAGACUAUGAAAAGAUCUGGAAAUCUCUGCAUGCAUUCAUAUCUUUGCAAAUUUCCCCACUGGGGGACUAAUAAAGGAUGAUCUUAUCUUA